CGAACAACACCAUCAAGUAAUCCUAUACCAACCCAUUCAAAAUGACCGACCUCAGCUGGCCGCCCCUAAUGGGCAACACCCUGAUCUUCAACCUCACCGCCGGAGGCCAAGGAGGCACGCUUUUCAACGAAAAGAACGUGGAAUACCCAGUCAAGAAGAUCCAGGUGUGGGGGACUGUCGGCACAAUCCACGGUAUUCGCAUCACCUGGCGAAGCGAUGCACCAAAGCAGAAAACAAUUGGCAAUGUUCAGGCAGAAGGGGCAGAAAUGGUUUCGCUUGAAUUAGCCGACAAGGAACGGUUUACGUCUUUCGUGAUUCGGACUAGUAAAUGGGUGCGCAGGAUUACAGCUGAGACUGAUAAGGGGCAGAUGUUGGAGAUUGGGUCUAAGAAAGAGGAGGAGGGUGAAGAGGGUGGAGAAGGAGAGAGUGGAGGAGAACAGGAAGAAGAGGAAGAAGAUGAAUUCGAAAUGGCAGUUGGAAGUGGAUUCCUGGCUGGGUUCAAAGGAUCCGCUGACAGCAAUCAAAUUUUGAAGCUACAGGCCCUCUUCAUCGAGCCCUAUGUGGUGAAGAGAACUGAUUACGAGCCGAAAGGAAGGGAGGAAGGGUCUUACUUCAGCGCCGUCCGCACCGAUGCCCGAGUGACUCGCAUCGAUUUCUGGGCUGGCACAUGGGGCAAGCAUUUUGUCGUGAAAAGAAUGGGUCUCACCUGGGAGAACGGAGAGUCAACGACAUUUGGAAACACAGACGAUAAUCAGCAACAUAGAUCUAUCACGUUUGAUGUCAAGAAUGACGAAAGGGUGGCCAAACUAGCCUUCCGACAAGGCUGGAGAUUGGAUCAAGUUUGGCUAAAGACUACCAAAGGCAAUGAGGUCCUUGCGGGUGGUUUUGAAGGAGGGAUACCACCGUUGCUGUCUGUUGGGAAUGGCGUCUUGCUGGGAUUCGAGGGGACAGUGGCUCCUGAUCUGGUCAAGAUAGCGCCGGUUUAUGCCCUUGAUUGAUCUACACGACGUUCAUAACUUCAUGUAUGUCAAGAGUAGAUUUGCAUUGUCAGUUCGGCUGUAACAAAUUGGCAAAAGAACUACCACCACUGUGUCAAUCUCGUAUGUUCAUGGGACUACCUCUUCGAGGUAGGAAUAGCCCCAAAGAGGAACGUUGUCCCCAAGGGACCUGGGCUCGGCGUGUAGUAGUCGGUCAUCUGGCACCGCUCACGCUCAACAGGAAGAUAGGUCACGCCUUGACAUUUCUUAUCGCGAGAGCAUGCAGCCAAACAAGCCCGCCAGAAGAGCUCUUCCUUGCGGUACACACUCC